AUGUCUUUCUCUUUUGGCGCCCCCGCGUCCAGCGGAGCCUCCAGUGGUGGUCUUUUUGGAACAUCCGCCAAUGCAUUUGGCUCCAACCAAAACAACAACAGCGGUUCGACUGGCGGUGGUUUAUUCGGAAACGCAGGAGCUCCAGCCGGCGGCGCAGCCGCCUCGCCGUUUGGCUCAGCUGCAACAACAAAUCAGUCUUCGACUUUCGGCACGCCCGCAAAUACCAAUGCUUCGGGAAGCACGACUCCGCUAUUUGGCCAGAAGACCACUGGCAGCACCGGCGGAGGUUUCUCCUUCGGUAGUACCCCAGCUCAAAGCAGUGGAACUCCAUCGUCUACACCUCUGUUUGGAGGCUCCUCAACCCCGAAGCCUGCUGCUACAAACUCUACCCCUACAACAAGCAGCGGUAGUAUUUUCGGUGGUGGUGGAGCUAGUGCAACUCCUGGAAAUAGUCUGUUCGGAAACGCCGCCUCGUCAGCUACACCUGCUGGAGCAGGAGGUUUGUUUGGCAACCCAUCAACUACCCCAGCCGGUCCUCCACCAGCCUCCAAAGCACCCUCUCUCUUUGGAAGCUUGAAUAAUGCUUCCUCUACCACUCCCUCGACCAAUGCGACAUCUGCUCCUACACCAGCCCCCGCGCAAUCGCAGACAUCCGCACCAGGCGGACUGUUUGGCGGCGGCACAACCCCCGCGACAUCUACGUCCACUACCAGCAAGCCGCUAUUCGGAUCUACACCCGCUGCAGCUCCUUCCUCGGGUGGUCUCUUCGGUGGCGCUAAGCCUGCUGAAUCCACCCCUUCAGGUGCGUCUACUCCGAAGCCCUUGUUCGGAGCUGCUACUCCAGCCGCACCAGCCGCCUCAGCAGCGCAGACAUCCUCACUGUUCAAAACUCCUACCGCAGGUGGAGAUGCUACCUCCAAGCCCGCUUUCCCUUCGCUUGGUGCCCCAGCUUCCACUGCUGCCACUAGUCAACCUUCUUCGGGCGCACCUGUUGCGUCUACUGCUACGCCACAAAAACCCCUCUUUCCUUCGUUAGGAGGCGCCACAUCUUCCACUGCUCAAUCUUCUACACCGGCUGCAGCAGCUCCAUCUGGAGGUUUGUUCUCUAACCUGGGUGGUGCCAAGACAACCGAGUCUACAACCCCGGCCACAACCACAACUGCUCCCGCUACUACCUCUGCUACGUCCGCUGCUGCCCCUGCUGGUGGUCUUUUCGGUGCUGCUGCUUCUAAGCCUGCUACUACCCAGCCUGCUACUACCCAGCCUGCGGCAGCCGCAUCAACCACUGCCACUGGUACAGCUACUGGUACAGCCACUGGUACCGGUGGCGCCGCCGCUUCCACUCUUGGGCAGUCAACCGCCGGUCCUGCACCUCCAGCCCAGUCACGAUUGAAGAACAAGACCAUGGAUGAGAUCAUCACUCGAUGGGCGACAGACCUGACCAAGUAUCAGAAAGAGUUCCGAGAGCAGGCUGAGAAGGUAGCUGAAUGGGACCGCAUGUUGGUCGAGAACGGCACCAAGGUUCAGAAGCUCUAUGGAAGCACUGUUGAUGCGGAGAGAGCUACUCAGGAAGUUGAGCGUCAAUUGGCAUCAGUGGAGAACCAGCAGGACGAAUUGAGCUCAUGGCUGGACCGCUACGAGCGCGAUGUGGAUGAAAUGGUGUCGAAGCAGGUUGCCCCCGGUGACUCCCUCCAGGGGCCUGACCAAGAGCGUGAGCGAACUUACAAACUCGCUGAGAAGCUGUCCGAGCGCCUGGAUGAGAUGGGCAAGGAUCUUACAGGCAUGAUCGAAGAAGUCAACAGCGCUUCAUCGACUCUGAGCAAGACCAAUCGUGCAGAUGAGCCGGUAGGGCAACGCCUCAUUCUCGAGCAGACCACCAAGUAUACUGAUUCAUUCUCCUUUCAGAUCUCCCAAAUUGUACGCAUCCUUAAUUCGCACCUUUCUCAGCUUCAAGUCAUCGACCAAGGUACUUCCGAGCUACAGGCCAAGGUGUCUGCUGCACAAAAAGCCGGCCAGUCACUCUCCUCUCGUCUGGGCUAUGGAUACGCUAGUCCGGGUGUCGGUGGAGGCAACGCGGCGGAUGAUUUCUACCGUUCUUACAUGGGACGACGAUAA